GUUUACAUGUCCCAAGAGAGAAAGGGAGAGACAAAAGAGGUCUUCUGUCUUCUAUGUCCAGAUCUAGGGUUUCUCAUCACAUACAUCUUACACAUACUCAAGACAUGCGACUAGAUUCCUAAACCCGGAUUUGGAAAAGAUGGAGGGGACUUCCGGCCACACGAAGUGCUCGAAGACAAGCCCUUCUAACCAAGAAGGGAGCGAGAGUGGCGAAAAUGAUGAGGACGAAAGUAGCAGGCCUAAAAAUGGAGGAAGUUCAAGCAACAGCACAGUUGAAGAGAACAAUAAUGAGAAGAAAUCAUCAUCAGUAAGGCCUUACGUUAGAUCCAGGAUGCCGAGAUUGCGGUGGACGCCUGAUCUUCACCUUCGCUUUGUUCAUGCUGUGGAAAGACUUGGUGGACAAGAUAGAGCAACACCUAAGUUGGUUCUCCAAUUGAUGAAUAUCAAAGGACUUAGUAUUGCUCAUGUGAAGAGCCAUCUACAGAUGUAUAGAAGCAAGAAGAUUGAUAAUAUGGGCCAAGUUAUAGGUGAUCAUAGGCAUCUUGUGGAAAGCAGUGGAGAUCGAAAUAUUUACAACCUAAGCCAAAUUUCUAUGCUGCAAGGAUAUAACCAAGCUCAUCUCUCCAGGUAUGGAGAUGCUUCUUGGAGUGCUCGCGAAUACUUUAUGCAUAGUCCUCGAAUAUGCCAGAGUUUGAUCCCGGAAACUAAGCCUGGAAUAUUACAUGGAACAGUCGCGGAUAGGAUCUUCAGUAGCAACAAUGUCAUGAAUCGGACUAACUACACAUUCCACACAAAUGCACAACCAGUUACCUGGACAACACAAGAAAUAUUGAAGGAUGCUUUGAGAUCAAGAAAUCGCUGCAGCGACCAAUACAGCAGGAUCGAGCUACAAUCAAGUUCAAGGCUAAUUGAGUCACAGCCAAGCAUGAAUCUUAGCUUAUCAAGAGAUUUCAAAGAAACAACUAGUAAUUAUCUACAAGAGUGGAAGACUGUGAAAAGAAAGGCGAUCGAUGGCGACCUCAAUCUGGAUCUGUCAUUGAAGCUUACAACAAGCAAUGUUGGGGAAAGAAAGCCAGGAAUGUUAUUGAAGGAAGGUGAUGUAGACAGUACUGAAUUGUCUUUGUCUUUGUUUUCGUCUUCUUCGUCGUCGUUGGCAUCGAAGUUUAGCAGAGUGAAUAAGGGAGGAGGAGGAGAUGAGGAAGCAAAGAGGGCAAGUACUCUGGAUCUGACUAUAUGAAUGAGACAAUUCUAAGUGAGAUCUUGAGGUACUUGCUCCAAAUUAAUUAAGAAUAUGCAUGCAGUACUUGAUCAUAUAUAUAUAUAUAUAUGAUUAUAUAUA